AUGGCUAGAAGCGAAGAAGAGGGCAAGCUGCAACUGGCCAUCUGGACGUCAGCGUGGCACCGUCGCAUGCUUUCGAUCAUGAGCAAAUUUGAGCAGGGCGGAGACGAUGACAGCCAGAAUCUGUGGGCACCCAAGCCUCGCAAGGUAGAGGCCAAGAUAAUUACCCUCCCUCUGAUGUUGACCUUGUGCCAGGACUGGAAACUCCUGUUUGCCUGUGACAGAGGAGGAGAGGGUCUGGAAAUAUUGGGAGAUUUUUCUAUCGGAGAGACCUCAUCGCUGCUUGGGCUGUAUACUAUUGUUGCUGUGUUGCAGGAGUUGGCAGACUGGGUUGAGGUGACAUUUCGCAAAUGGAUAAUGGAUGUCUUUAUGAUCAACCCCGAUGAUGAUGACAAGGAUGACAGCACGGGCGUGGGCGACGACCCGGACGACGACCAAAACGAGGGUGGCUCAGGAUCAGAGUAA